AUGUUGAAAACGCGAGCAAAGAAAUAUGCUGUUGACAGGAAAAUUUUAUCCGUAUUGGAUAGCUUGUCAUCAGAAAAAUCGGGAUGCCGUGUUGGUCUGCUGAUUAAUGAACGAUUAUUGCAUUUCCCUUCGGCUAUUGCCGCACCUGCUUUUAGCUCAUUAAGGCAAGAUUACAAAAUUUUUAAUAUCCUUCCUGCUUUCUAUGGUUUUUUGGUCAUUUUGAAGUGUUUGAGUUUGAUUUGCAGGGAGGAUUUGAAAAAAUCGGGAUCACAAUAUCGCUUUUCACAUGUCAUUUUGUUUUUGAAAAUUCGAAUUGCUGAUAGUAACAAUCAGGAAGCAAGUGGAACUGCUGGUAUAAAAGGAAAGAAGAAGUUGAGUAAAGCUCAGAAAAGGCGCAUCGCGGCUAGUGCCAUCGCUGAUGCUGAAGUUGUAUUUGAUAAUCCGGAAGAAGAGCUUCUAUUCCAGGGUGCGGUCGACUUCGAACAUUUUCAGUAUCCCGUGCAAUCGGAUGUAGAAAAAGAUUCGAAGUUUAAUUCACUUGUUUUAAAAGGUGUAACAUAUCGGCCAUACAGACGCGUUUGUAUUCUUGAGAGUGACCAGUUUCAACAUUACAUUGAUCUUGUUAGUACAGCCGAAGGACUUUGA